UGCAACCAGCGCUUUCCUGCAAAUUUAGUUCCAAGAUGAAGUGCGAUGAGCUGCGUUCCCGCGCAUCUCAGGCGGCAACUAACAAGUUGCUCCGCACAACGACAGGUUUGCGCCAACCAACCCAGCGUGUCCCGGCGGAGCAACAUUCGGGUGCAGUGAAAGAACAAUGCCGGGCGGGCAGGCUGCGCUUUAAGGGAGAAGGGGAUGGGGAUGAUUUGAGACUCGGGUGCAAUGCAUGGCUCCCGCACGGGGCUUUGCGCUUAAACUGGAAGCAAAAUGCAGGCUGUAUCCUUGCCCAGAAGACGCGAGUCGGACACGAGGUGAGGCUGGUUUCCUUCUCCGCGGCACAGGAACAUUCCGUGUCCUACUGAACGGGUCCGGAAGGCUCUGGACGAAGCUGUGGGGAAAGCGGCUGGCUUUUCAGUGCUCUCCACACAAGGCUCCCUCCUGCGAUCGGUCCCGCCCCGGAUUAUCAAGUGCCGAAAAGCCGAUGGCAGAAAUCUGGAGAGGCUACUGUCUAAACUGGGAUGGCAGGUGUUGGAGCCAAAGAUCCGCCGCGGGGGCAAGAAGGCAAGCUGCCUCCGAACCCUCCAUUGCAAGACACCGGUCAAUCCAGCCACUUUCAAGAGCCGGAGCAGUCGCUGGGACGGGCGGUCGAAGGGCUUGCUCAUGAAGACAAACUCUCUGUGUGCAGCAAACUAUGCUAUGGCAUUGGAGGUGCUCCAAAUCAGGUUGCGAGCAGUGCCACCUCAUUCUUUCUGCAAAUUUACCUCUUGGAUAUUGCUCAGAUCCCACCAUUCCAGGCCUCCUUGGUGCAGGUCCUUGGCAGAGCAUGUGGAGCAGCUGCAGAUCCUCUUGCAGGCUUUUUUAUUAAUCGGACCAAAGCAACCAGAUUUGGGCAACUCAUGCCUUGGUUGUUGGGUUGUACACCAUUCACAAUUGUGUCCUAUAUCUUGAUGUGGUACUUACCUUCCUUCACAUCCAACCGAAUUCUGUGGUAUCUGACUUUUUAUUGCCUUUUCCAAGCCAUGAGUACACUGUACCAGGUGCCAUAUUCUGCUCUCACCAUGUUUCUGAGCACAGAUCAAGCAGAUCGCGAUUCAGCAACUGCCUACCGAAUGGUAUUUGAAGUUCUCGGAACACUGAUUGGAGCUACACUACAUGGUCAGAUAGUUGCUGGUGCUCACACUUCUAGCCACUGUUUCCAGAAUGAAACUAUUGGGCUGCAGCAAAACAGCUCUGAAGUCCUAGAUGUGUCUUAUGGAAAAAAAGUCUACAUGAUUGCAGCUGGGCUGAUAGGAGGCAUUUACCUUGUUGGCAUUCUUUCCCUAUUCUUUGGAGUGAAAGAAAAAUUUGAUCCAUACACCUUAAUGCCAGACAAAAAAGUUCCUUUCUUUAAAGGACAAAAGCAUGCCAUGAAGCAUCAACCAUAUUUGAUAUUUACAGCAGCAUUUCUACUGAUUUUAACAGCAGUUCAGAUUGAACAAGGAAAUUUCGUUCUCUUUUGUACUUACGCAGCUGAUCUUCGCAGUCACUUUCAGAAUUUAGUGCUGAUUAUCUUGGUGUCAGCUACAGUGAGCGUUCCAUUCUGGCAAAGAUUUCUGAAGCAUUUUGGCAAAAAGAAAGCAGCAUGUGGAAUAUCGUUGAUGAUUCCUUCUGUAAUCAUGUUGGUGACUAUCCCUAAUAUCUUUCUUGCCUACUUUAUGGCUUUUGUAUCUGGACUUAGCAUCGCAGCAUCUUUCCUCCUGCCAUGGUCCAUGCUGCCUGAUGUAGUUGACCAUUUUCGAAUGCAGAACAUUCACUUACCAGGGCAUGAAACUAUCUUCUAUUCGUCGUUCAUCUUUUUCACAAAGAUGUCAACUGGUAUCGGAAUGGGAAUUUCUUCCUUCAGUCUACAAUUUGUAGGCUACAAAUCAGGGAUGUGUACACAGUCCACCCACGUUGUCAUCACGCUGAAAAUCUUGGUUGGUGGAAUUCCAUCCAUCCUCAUCCUUUUAGGCUUAUCCAUACUUCUGUUGUACCCAAUCAACGAGAAAAGUCAAAAGGAAAGGAAACAUGCCUUUGAAAAUUCAAGGAGGAAUCAUUUGAACACUGAAAACAUUUCCGUAGGAAAGCCUGAAUAAAAAUAGAAAUCCAGCGGUAAUGAAAAUGCAACCAGUGGGGACGACUUCAGCAUCCUUGGAGGCAUUUGUCUUAUUCCACCAGUGUUUAACUACCAAUAUACCAAGGCUGCUGUGAUAAAAAAGAUGACGCUUUGGAGCAUGGCUUGGACAGCCUGUAUAAUGCUGGAUUGCUAUGAAGCCUUGCACGAGCUAAUUUAUAAGAUGCAAUAGAUGGUGCUGUCUCCUUUCAUUUACAGUACAGUACAUGUUAUAUACUGAGGAGAACAGCUGCAUGGCGAGUUGAAAACCAUGGUCUUGUGAGUGCUAUCCAUAUGCUGUUAACUAAGAUAGUGGUUAGAGGCAAUUUCAACUAAUUAUAACAUGGUUCCUACCAAAGGAAAUCCCAUAAUUUCUAUUGAUCACAGAAUUCCAUUUAUUUUUAAUGCAAUGCCAUUUAAUCUACUGCUUCUUCUGUUUUUUGUACAGAUUUUUAAAAUCUCACCUUUAUUAUUUUAUGGAUUACUCAGGGCAGAGAAGAUACCUAAUA